AUAAAAUGUCGUCGUCGUUGAUGGACGUUAUUUAUCAGUAUAAAUGUAUAAAAAUAUCAAAAUUAAGUAAAUUAUUAAAUUAUAAUGAUGAAGAUAAAAUAAAAUCUGAAAUUGAUGAACUAAAUAAAAAAUUGGAUGUUAUCAAUUUAACAAUAAAAGUAUUUGAUGAUUAUUGUUUAUUAGUAAAUUUAAUAGCAGAUGAUAACAUUUUUAAUAAUUAUAAUCAAUCUGAGUUGCUAUUCUUAAAGUCUAUUCUAUCAGCUAUAAUAAACAAUGACGAUUAUAGAAUAUCAUCAAAUAAUUCAUUAAACCUGCAAUCAACUUUGACUUUAUCUUAUAAGCAAGAGUUUCUAGAUAAGUUAGUGGAUACCUAUUGGUUAAAGUCUGAUGAUGAAUUUUACUAUCUGGGUAUUAGAUCAUUAAUUGAAUUAAAUGAUUUAUUAGUAGAUUUAUCUGAUAAAGAUUUAUAUUUCAGUCACUUUAAUCACAUUAUUGUAACUAAUGGAUACCACUGCUCAAAUUGUGAAACAGCAAUAACAAAGAAACAAUCAACUAAAUUAAAUUUAUCAAUCUGCCCAAGUUGUAAAACUGAUUGGAAACCAGUUGAAAUUCCUUAAAUCCAUGUAUUUUAUUUCUUACUUUCUCACCAUCAAGAUGUCUGAUGCUUCAGAUGAAUCGAAUAUAAUACACACAACAAAAACAGAGAAACUAUCUAAAAUAAAUAAAAAUUGGAAAUCACUUCAAUUACCAAAUAAGAUUGCUAUAAAGAAGAUGUUGGUUGAGGCACAAUUGAGUACAGAUCCCUCAAAGAAACAAACUAAAUACGUCGCCCAAUUAAAUAAAACACAUGCAAAGAUAACAAAAAGGAUCGAACAGCGCCUUGAUCAUUGUAAGGUUCCACCACCACCGGCUAACCUGAAAAAUAAGGAUGGCAAACGCGUCAAUCCUGGUUUCUGCUUUGAUAAUGAGUAUAGAACUAUCACAGAGAGACUAGCACAGAACUUGGAAUCUAUCGUACUCCCACAAGAGCGUAUCGUCCAAAACUUACGCGAUCAGUUAUCUCAACAGAGAGACGAGUUAGAGUUUGAUGAAGCCCGUUUUAUAGAAUACACAAGGAAUGCUAAUAAAUUGAAUAAACAUCUCGAUGAACUUGAACAAGAAAAAUUACAUCCACGCCUGAAGAACUCAUUCUUGAAAUCUCAUGAACGAACUGCUCAGGAUAUGUACAUCCACCAGUGCGCACAGAAUUGGAAUAUCCCACCUGUCAUUUAUGACUCCGAACAUCAAAAACUAGCUUAUAAUCCAUAUGUUGAUAAAAAUGUGAGGAAACUAACACAAAAGCUUCAACCUGUGAUGGACAAGUUGGAAGCUGAUGCAAGGGAGAUGAAUCCAACAAGGAGAGCCGCAACUGAACUAAGAGAUGUUCUCGCAAAUGCUUAUUUCAAACACUACUCGCAACGUCGUGAACGUGAGAGGAAACUAUCAGAAGGAAAUUGGGAAGAUAUGGAUGUUGAUGACUUCUCAAGUACUAGCAAAGAAAAGUAACCUUUUUGUAAUAUAAAAUGUAUUCUAGUGUACUUAAUAUACAUAAGAUAU